AUGUCAUCACCGAGCCUCCGAGCCGUGUGUCUCAACACACCUCCGGCAUGUGCAACUGGCUCAUUUGUUCCUGCGCCAUCCGGCCAAUCUCGUUCACUGGUCUCUAGUGUUCUACUGACAGCCGAGGGCUAUGAAAGCCGACAGGUCACCGAGCUGCGUGCCUUGCUCCGCCAGCGUGGUCUUGCCACUUCUGGUCGUAAAGCAGAACUUGUCCAGCGCCUGAAGCAAAACGAUAUGGUACGCGCUGGCUCGACGCUCGCUUCAUCAACCUCAAGCACCGAGAAGACACGGCGUUCUACGCGAAUGCCUCGCACAGCUGCGCCACCUGCGCAUUCCUUGUCGAUGAUGCCAAUCUCCGCACGGACCAAGACUACCGCUCGAGGCAAGAAAGGGUCUGAUGCUGCUAAUGCUGCUGAAAAGACCAUGCCGUCGAUGUCCAUUGAGCCCGGCACGGUUGUGAGCGGCACGACGGUGUUGAACAGUGACGGCGCGACUGUGUCUUCACCGAAGAAGGCGGACUCGGGCCAUGCUACGGUGCCUGGCAAUCCUGAGUCAUCCAGCGCCCGCGGUUCAGAGCCUGUCUUCAAUGUGACAAUUCCAUUUGAAGAACCCAUGCAGCCUGAGCCUCAAUACAUCCCUUCGAUCCACAUGUUGGAAAACCCUGCUUACAACAGUAAGGAUUCAUUCCACUCUGACUGGCAUAUUCCGCACGUUCCGCGGGUUCACAACGUGGGACAAAUGGCGGAAGUGUCUCACAAUGCGAGCAUCUCCAUCUCAGAGCAAGAAGGUGCACCAGUGGCGUCAGGAGGUAUUCUGACCGAUCUCAUGAGCGACUAUCUCCCAAACAAGGUCCAGCGCCAAGUCCAGCAGAGUGUCGCCUCGACACAGCAAGCGACACGCAAUUUCUUCUCCGAUUUGGUCACGGACGUGUCGCGCGCUAUGCCCAUGGAUCCAUCGGUGAUGCCAUCCAAGUCAACGGCUCGUCCCUCCACACGCCGUGCGCUCAAUGAUGGCGAGCGAAAGGGACUUUGGGUGCUAGGUGGCAUCGUCGCCUCUGGCUUCUUCCUGGGUGGUUUGCACAGUAGCGACAAGAAGCAGGCAAAGGUAUCUUCUGCAACCGCUAAUGCGAGUGACGCUUCAGGAUACCAGGCACCUAGCUUUCAGCAAGGAGGCGGCAUCGUAGGUGCAUGCGAACGCAAGGUGUAA